AUGGCUUUGUUUCUUGCUUCGUCCUCACGUAAUUCAGACUUAGAGCGAAAGAAAACGGAUAAAGAUGAACGAAAAGAACAAUUUGAGGAUAAGGAGAAUCCAAGUGCAGAGGAAAUCUUAAAACGAAUCAAAGAAUGUUGUGGAGAAGCAGUGGGGAAAGCGUUUGAAGGUACGAACGUUGCUUUUAUUUUCGGCGGGAAACGGCCCAGAAUGCUACAAACCUUCCAAGUUUCUCUCUUUUUUAGUUUUCUUUUACUUUUUGGCGUGCUUUUAUUGAACAACAACAAUCUGUGGUACUUUGCAUUGGCGAAGACUUGAACAAUAUUACAUUAAUAUUUCCUAGCAAAUGUAAAGUUUACUUGUUUAUUCCAUGGCCGUCCAUUUUGCCUACAUACUGAACUUUUGCUAGAAAAAAAGUUUCAUGAAGUCGAGAGGUUGAGGUUUAAAGCUUACUUCUCCUUUUCUUUGAAUUAAAUGUAAAAUCUCUUUUAUUUUAUAUACCCGUUCCAAGCACUGACUUGAUUGAGAAUAAAAAAACUGUCUCGCACGAUACAUGUCUUGAAUAUGUAAAACUGGCAGAAGUGCAGGUCAUAGCUUUCUAGGUUUUCAUCUCAGCUAAUAUAUAAGCUUAUGAUAUAUAAUACACUAAAAAUAUUUUUGUAUGUUACUGGUACAUAACAUCCUAAACUGGUCAAAGCCCUGUUUUCUUCCCUUUGGAUUAUUAUUAUUUUUUUAACAUUGAAGGUUAAAGGUUUUUGAUUUGCAUUACUGAUUUUAAAAUUGCAGGACAGUGGCGAUAUUGGUAGCUUUGGAUCACCACUUUCACCAGAUAACUCUGAAAACGAAAAAGGAGGCCCACCACCUUCUCAGGCUAGUACUGCAGAGGGCGGUAGCAGUAUUCAGUUGUCACCAAAACUUUGCAAGAUGAUUGUGAGAUUUAUAUGUGGAAGUGUUUUGGGUGGACAGGAGAUCUCAAAGCUGCUGAAGAAGAGAUUCUCUGUCACACCUAGAAAUCUCACGCCCCUCACACUAUCUCAACUGUUGGAAGUGGUGUCCAAGAAGCCAGCAAGGCACAAGUAUGUGGAAAUCCCUGAUGAACCUGUUGAUCCUAGGCAGCUGAAGAUGGCUAUGAUAAAAGUGAACAAGGAGACUGAAACAAGUUACCUUUCAUCACUUUAA